CGUUUUACGUCUACGCAUGCGCGUUUCGAAAUGUCUCGAAAAGCGCGCCGUGCUAAUAUAAAUGGACGAAUCACAACAUUGCGUAGUCAGUUACAAAGUGGAAGUCGAAGCUAGCGCUUCGUGGGAAUUUUUGAACGAGUAACGAGCAGUUUUUGUUCGAUACGAAGCAAACGACAAUUGUGAUCUACCUGUUAUUUAUUGAGCAGACCGAAUAUUUUAUUUUUAACUAUUUGCAGACUAUAAUGGCACUAGUAUCGAGAGAUCUUUUUCGUAAUUGGUGGGAAGAUAUGGACCGUUAUCAUCGUGAACUGGAUGAGCAUUUAAAACGGCUAACAACAAGAGACGACCUAUGGCAGCCUCCUCCAAUGCCUUCCUUCAGUGAAUUUUUCCGUCCAUGGAAAAACAUGAUAGAUCAGUUGGAACACGAAGUUGAUGGUUCGACCAUUGUUGAACGAGACCAAGACAAAUUCCAAGUGAUCGUUGAUGUACAACAAUUUGCACCCGAAGAAAUAACGGUCAGAACAGAUGACAAAUGUAUCACGGUGGAGGGUAAACACGAGGAGAAAAAAGAUCAACAUGGAUACGUGUCAAGGCAUUUUGUGCGUCGAUACGUGCUCCCACAGGGAUACGACAUGGGUCACGUGAAACCGAGCUUAUCCUCUGACGGUGUUCUUACUAUCACUGCACCAAAACUUGCCCUACCAGCACCUGGAGAAAGAAUCGUACCGAUCGAGCGAAGCAACGCACCUGCGAUCAAGGCUGCUUAAUGCUGCAUACAACGAUAACGUCAAUUUUCUUUUUAUCGGCAUAAAAAAACAUGUUAUAUCGGCAGUUCAUAAUAUAUUCCCUUUUUCCAUUAAAUUCUAUAGAUUUCCAUUGUUUCACUUUAAACAUUGAAAAUUCUUUGUUUUAUAUAUCGUUUCUUAAUUAGUUUCAUAAGUAUGAAUUACUGAUAGUUUAAUUACAUCCUUAUGUAAUUUUAGCUUGUAAGCGCGAUAGGUGUAUUACGAGCGUCCAAAGAAGUUAACUAUUUAACGCAAGAAUGUAAUAUACAUAUAAAUAUACGUACAUCGUGACCAUGAAAGUGUUGUCAUUGCGUAAUUAAAGUCUGAUAGUACGAGUGUACGUAUUUGAAUAUUUCAUUUGAAAUUCUAUAUUUGGUAGAUUCUUAAUAUAAAUUUUUCGAAUUUAUUUAUUAUAUGUGUAUAACCUGCCAAAAUGUGCGUAUAACUGUCAUGUUUGUAACAAUGAUUUAAUUGUACGUAUGUAUAGAUACA